GCAAAACAAGAUGUCUACCUAUUGGUCAGAAUAUUAAGCAGUUGUCUUAUUACAUAAUUUUGUAUUUUGACAUCACGUGAUUGUCAACGUCAAAGUUUAAACAAAAAAAAUAUGUUCACAUUUAAAGCCGUUUUUUGUUAUACAGUGGGUUUUUAAAAAUUUAUGGCAGUGUUCACUGUUUCUGUUUUAUGAAAAGAUUACAUUUUGUUUUCAUCUAGCAUAAAUUUGGAUUAUGGCUUCUUAUAAAUUGUUUAAACAUAUGAAGUGUGCUACGAGCAGACUGACUUCAUUUAACUGUAAUAUUUAUUCGACAUUACGAUCGUUUUCUACUAAUUUAAAAACGUCUAAGACAGUGUUGUGUUUGAAGCCCUAUAACAGUUGCAUAUUUUGUUAUAACUUAAAAAAAUUUCAUGAAUCUAACUGCAUGAAAUCUGAUGAUACUGUAAUCAAAGCAAAUGAAAAUUCUAAAGAUGAACGCGCACAAGGGUUUGAUGAUGAAGAAUUUCAGAAUAUAUUAAAGGACGUAUUAAAAGAUUUUGAUGUUAAUGAUGAGGCCGCGAAGAUAUUAGGCGAUAUUCGGAAGAGUAUAGAUGAACCUAAAUUAGGCAGUGAUAAACUAUCUGAGAGUGAUGGAAAAAAUCACAAUAUGUGUGUUACAAACAACGAUUUGCAUUCUAAAGCAAGUGUAAAGUACAAAACAUUUUCUGAUUCUGAUGCCGUAGUGAUUCCUAGCUAUGAAGAUUAUCAAAAGUUUGAUAAUGAGAGGAAUGAACAAACGUAUCAUGUUGAUCAAGAAUUCGAAAUAAAACAUUCUUAUCAUCAUAUGAAACGUGGAAUUCAUGGAGUAUUUGAUAUAGAAGAAUUAGUCGAAGUCUUGCGGAAGGAGAAUCUCUUGGAUAUAGCAGUGAUCUCAGUACCAAAAGAACUUCAUUACACAGACUUCAUGGUUUUAGCAACAGCUAAAUCACCUAGACAUUGUAAAGCUGCAUCUGAGUUAAUUAGAAAACUUUACAAAAUGAAGAAACAUGAAACUGAUCCUUAUUUCAUAAUUGAAGGCCAAGCUGUUCAUAAUUGGAAAGCGCUUGAUAUGGGAAAUAUUGUCGUUCACAUCUUAUUGGAGGAUACAAGAACUCUGUAUGACAUUGAAUCUCUAUGGCUUUUUGAUGCUGAAUUUGACACUAGAGGUAAUUUAAAAGCAGAUCCUGCAUUAAAAGCACUUGAAGAACAAAUGGCUUUCUUUAAUUUAUUACAACAGUCAAAAGAAACUGGCAAAGAAGCUGCAUAAGAAAUUGAGAAAUUAUAUGUAAGUGCAUAAUAAGCAGUAUUCAUUACAGCAGUCAUCAUCAUCAGAAUCAGGAAAGAAAAUUUUAAGUACAAUGUAUGGAUUCCUUGUAAACAUCAUAAAAUGUUUAAUAUAUGUUGA